AUGUCCUGCUUGAAAUUUUAUCCAAAAUCCCAUGAAAUCGCCAAGCGUAAAUGGUCGAAAACGAUGCCAAAGAAAGCUUUAAACACCUGUUUUGUUUCAAAUCAGAGUGCAGAGACAAUCAAAAGUGGCUUUUGCUUAGUCAACCUAGUCCUUUAUUCAUCACAUUUCGGAUUCAUCUUAAAUGAAACGAUCGAUUGGAGUAUGUGUCCAGAUCAUGCCGAAAAUGCACAAGCAGCAGACCCCCACAAUUUUCUACUCAAGAAGGGCAUCCGAACUUUGGGGGUCGAACUUAGUUUGGGAGUCAGCGACAAGGUCACAAUGAACCUUUUGGGAGAGUCUGAAGAGGAGGGCAAUUCUGAAGAGUUUGAAGAGGACAUUUUGGAAGUGUUUGGAGAGGAGGACAUUUUCUAG